GUGGUUCCUGUUCUCCUUGGUGAUUCCAUUCCUUUGCCAUGGAGGCCAGAUUAUCACAUGGAGGAAUCUCGUCAUGCUAUGUUCCUUCUAUUCCUUGCAUGGCAAAACCCUUCUGAAUUAUUGCAGGGUUAUUUGUGUUGGACAGAGGCAUUUAAUGCUUAUGAUUUCUCUGAUGCAGCUUCUCUAAUGAUCUCAAACUUUUUAAUUGAGCUCAAAUGUAAGGAUGCCAAGGAUGUCAUAUGA